CGCAGUGGGGGCACAUCCGGGCAUUGGGGCAGGAUGAAUGCUCCUUUCCAAGAUGGCGGCGGAGGGAGGAGGGAAGGAGAUGAACGAGAUUAAGACCCAGUUCACCACCCGGGAGGGGCUGUACAAGCUGCUGAGCCACUCGGAGUACAGCCGGCCCAACCGGGUGCCCUUCAACUCGCAGGGCUCCAACCCAGUCCGUGUCUCCUUCGUCAACGUCAACGACCAGAGCGGCAACGGCGACCGGCUCUGCUUCAAUGUGGGCCGGGAGCUCUACUUCUACAUCUACAAGGGGGUCCGCAAGGCUGCUGACUUGAGUAAACCAAUAGACAAAAGGAUAUACAAAGGAACGCAACCUACGUGUCAUGACUUCAAUCACUUAACAGCCACAGCAGAAAGUGUCUCUCUACUAGUGGGUUUCUCUGCAGGCCAGGUCCAACUUAUAGACCCUAUUAAAAAAGAAACUAGCAAAUUAUUUAAUGAGGAAAGACUAAUAGACAAGUCCAGAGUAACCUGUGUAAAAUGGGUACCAGGUUCGGAAAGCCUUUUCCUAGUAGCUCAUUCCAGUGGAAAUAUGUACUUAUAUAAUGUGGAGCACACUUGUGGUACCACAGCCCCACACUACCAGCUACUUAAGCAAGGAGAAGGUUUUGCAGUCCACACUUGCAAGAGUAAAUCCACAAGAAAUCCUCUACUUAAAUGGACCGUAGGCGAGGGUGCCCUGAAUGAAUUUGCUUUUUCCCCUGAUGGGAAAUUUUUGGCAUGUGUGAGCCAAGAUGGCUUUCUUCGUGUGUUUAACUUUGAUUCAGUGGAGUUACAUGGUACAAUGAAAAGCUACUUUGGGGGACUACUAUGUGUGUGUUGGAGCCCAGAUGGGAAAUACAUUGUAAUAGGUGGAGAGGAUGACUUGGUAACGGUUUGGUCUUUUGUGGACUGUCGAGUAAUAGCUAGAGGCCACGGACAUAAAUCAUGGGUUAGUGUUGUGGCAUUUGACCCAUAUACCACUAGUGUAGAAGAGAGUGACCCAAUGGAAUUUAGUGGUAGUGAUGAGGAUUUCCAAGACCUUCUUCAUUUUGGUAGAGAUCGAGCAAAUAGUACACAAUCUAGGUUAUCAAAAAGGAACUCUACAGACAGUCGUCCAGUAAGUGUUACGUAUAGGUUUGGUUCUGUAGGCCAAGACACACAACUCUGUUUGUGGGACCUUACAGAAGAUAUUCUCUUCCCUCACCAACCUCUAUCAAGAGCAAGGACACACACAAAUGUUAUGAAUGCCACAAGUCCACCUGCAGGAAGUGGUGGAACUAAUUCAGGAAGUAAUGGGAACAGUAUCACAACACCUGGAAACUCAGUACCUCCUCCCCUUCCACGGUCAAACAGCCUUCCACAUUCUGCAGUCUCAAAUGCCGGCAGUAAAAGCAGUGUCAUGGAUGGUGCCAUUGCUGCUGGUGUUAGUAAGUUUGCAACCUUAUCGCUACAUGAUCGGAAAGAAAGACACCAUGAAAAAGAUCACAAGAGAAAUCAUAGCAUGGGACAUAUAUCUAGCAAGAGCAGUGACAAACUGAACCUAGUUACUAAAACCAAAACGGACCCAGCUAAAACUUUGGGAACACCUCUCUGUCCCAGAAUGGAAGAUGUUCCCUUGUUAGAGCCUCUUAUCUGUAAAAAGAUAGCACAUGAAAGACUGACUGUGUUAAUUUUUCUUGAAGACUGUAUAGUCACUGCUUGUCAGGAGGGAUUUAUUUGCACAUGGGCAAGGCCUGGUAAAGUGGGUUUAUUGUCAUCCCAAAACCAGGCCAAUUCUCCAAGUGGAACUGUAGUAUAGCCAUCACACUACUGCUAGCGAAUCUUUGAACACAGGACAAGAAGUAAUGACAGUGGAACCAGGAGCUGUUCUUCAUGCAGAGAGCAUCAGAAAUUAUAAAAUGGCAGAGUGUAAACUUGGAAUUAUGUGAAUCACAUAAUACUUUGCAAAAGAAUAAUGUAAUGAAUUCUUAGUAUGGCUAAUACUUCUAGGCUGCUCACCCAAAGAAGAAUUUUCCUUUUAAAAAAGAAAUGCUACAUUUGGUGUUGCAGUAAAAAUUUUUUCUCAGUUUUUUCUUUAUACUUUUCCAGUUUGGUGUAAUUUAAUCUAUAUAUAUAUAUAUAGAGAGAGAGAGAGAGAUGUGUAAAAUAAAAUGUUUCUUAAAUCCAAGUAAGUUCAAUGGUUAUAUAAAUCACCAUUGUUUGUUUUUGCACUGAUUUUUUUUUUUAACCAGAGAUGGUUAGAAGACAGCCUGGAAUGCACUCAUGGAAAACUAAAGUCAUUACUUUCUGGCUUAAAAAUGUAAUUCAGGAAGAUGGAUGCUGCAAUCACUUUUUUUUUUGUUUUUGUUUUUUUAAAAUUGUUUGCACUUAAAUAGUUUAAUGCUAGUAGAGAAUUACUUUAAAAUAGGUAUUCAGAAACCCAGAAAAGCUAUGUUGUGGAGAAAAGAUAUCCUUUGUAUCUAUGAAACAUUUAUUUUAAUAUUGUUUUCAAUUGCAAUCAGCUCUGUAUUAUAUGUAUAAAUGUAAUUCAGUGAUUGGGAGGAAAAUGGAUCAGUACACUAGUAAUUUUAAUCGUCUAAAAGAUAUUUCUAAUUCUGAAAAUACAUAUUAAACUCUUGAAUAUGCACUUUUGUUUACGUUGUUUUAAAUUGGAUCAAUUUUUGAAGUAAUCAAUCUUUUGAAUUAAAUGUUGGGUACAGAAGUACACUCUAAUCCUUGUAGAACACAUUCCUUUUUAUUAAAACCUUUUGCAUCAGGAACACUUUCAUAUUUAAUGUUGCUUAAUUGGAUUAGGGAAAUGAAAUUAGAAAUUUUCUCCUGCACUUCUUCCUAUUACAAUUUACCUCUGAAUACAUUUUCCAGACAUUAAAAACCCAAUAUUUACUAAAAUAGGAGCCUCAGAUUUUUGCAGUAUAGUGAUUUCUUCUGAUGCCUUUUAAUAGUUGCAUUUUAGUGCAGUUUAAUACUGCACUUGUCUAAAAAUUAGAUGUUUUAAUCUUAAUUGUUGAAUUGCAUUGACUUUCAAGCUAGUGCUUUUUAUGUAGACAACUAUGAUAGUGUAGUAGGUGCAUACACUUUGAUUUUUACAAUCUAAAAUUAGGUACUAAAAUAGUGGAGUAGAUUGUAUUUUGGAACAACUUGCUGUGCUAAAAAAAUCAGAUGUCCUUGCUAUCAAUUUAAAAUUUGAGGUAAAUAUAUCCAAGUAUUUUCAUAAUCUAGUGCUACUUGAUAUUGGUUGAUACUAAACUGGUUUUAUUAGCAAAACAAAGGCCAUUUCAUCCCUUCCAGUAUUUUCUGCAAGGGGAUGAAAGGAAUGAAGAAUGCACUACUCUGGAUCAAAAUCCAGCACAAAGGGUGAUUGAGAUGAUAUGGUGACAUCUUCUCACUUCCUCUGCCCUGCUUAAGCCCCUUCCAACUCUAUUGUUGGGCUUCUUCUGAACUUUGCAGAUGUGCAGGUAGGAGGUGAUACAAGCAACAGCCUUCUUAGCUCUGCUCUGGGAUUCAUAUCCUUCAAAAUGGAAGAACUUUCCAAAAGUCAGUUUAAUGCUGAUACUGAAGGCAUGAUCUGGGCCUAAAUUACCAACAAACUUUAUCCCAGGUUCCAACAACAACUUUGUAUAAUACUUGUAGUUGAACAGAAUUUUCUUUAAUCACAAGAUACUAAUACUCUACUGUCAUUUUAGAAUAAACCACAUAAUUAUACAUAGAAUUACAGAGUUAGAAAGGGACUAUGAGGCUCAUCUAGUCUAACUUGCCAAGAAAGCAGGUUUGUUGUGUCUAAACCAUCCAAGACCAAUUGCUAUCCAGCCUCCUUUUGAAAGCCUCUAUGAAGGAGCUUCCACAACCUCCCUAGGCAAUCUGUUUCAUUGUCCUAUUGUUAGGAAGUUUUUCCUGAGAUUUAGUCUAAAUCUGUUUGCAACACUGGAGAAGCUCAAACUUUAGCAAGCCUCAUGUGGUUCUACAUAUCAGUUUUAUAAAAGUUAAAGCCUCACUCCUGCUCCCACUGAAGAUAAAUUUUGCUAUUUACUUCAAUGGAAGAAUCAUCAGACCUGUGAUUUAUGCAGUUCAGGUUUAUUUAAUCCUCGAAUGUAAACAAACCAGAUUGAAAAUGUCAGUUUAACAAUCAUUAAAAUUCUAAUUUUACCUUCCUUAUUUAAAUGUCUCCAAAUUUGAUUUAGGUAAAUAUGGAAAUAGUGACACUUGGUUGCAAUAUAUUUUAAAUUCUUAAACUGAUUUUUAAACAUACAGUGGAGACAGAGUAUCCUAUUACCAAAUACUCUGAGCCAGUCACCUUCUGGGUUGUAUUCAGAUCACUAACCAAAUUAGAAAAGACCAAGUUGUUACCGUCUGACAACCAUUCACUGGUCUAUGUAAAAUGGGCUGGUCUGUGGAUAGCUUUCUUUUAUCAUGACUAACAUUGAUUGAUAUAGAAACAAAGCACUGAAUAGAAACCAAUUUUCUGUCCAUCUUCUGUAAACGUACUUUGUUUAGAAGAAACUCCUCUUUCCCCAUGUUUAGAAACUUUCAAGG